AUGCCAGCAGCAGGAGCGGGUCAGCCGGACAUGAUGUGGGUGCUCGCUGAAAUGAUCGAUGGGCACAGAAUCGGCCAGGAGAUCACUUUGGACGCUGGUAGUCCCACUGAUGGGGAUCGAGCCUUGGUCCACCUCACCGAUGAGAAUGGGAAGGAUCGCGUUGUGUUAGCAGCUCAUGUCAGCCGGGGCUCCGUGGGUGAAUUUUGCGAGGAGCGGAUCAGGCUAUGCCGACUCGCGGAGGCCAACGCUGGCGAUGACAGGGUAUCUGCUGAAGACGUGAGGACCAUGUCCAUCCAUUACCUAGCAAAUGGUGAGCGCGGCAGAAAUUUCAAGGAGACCGUGAAGGAGCUGCGCCAAGUGGAGUUUGAUGAUUUUCCUUUUCAACCACGGACAUGCCAAGAGUACCUUAGGGCGGUGUGUGAAAUAGCGGAGAGCUGCUAUGGGCAGCAUCUGGCCUGGGUCCAGCAGUCACGGAUUCCGGAAGGCGAUCGAGCCAUCUACGAGGACGAGGUGCUCAGCCAGGUCCUUGAUACGGCGAUCCGCUAUGACUGCCUGAAUGUGGUGAAUUUGGCAAGUUUUGAGCUGAUUGUGCGGAGGAAGCAACUCUUAGCAGAAGCUCAUGUGGGUGACCCUUCAGCCCCCUCAUAUGCGGCCAGCGAUUACUUCAUGGGGCGCCGAUAUCGGCCAGGAGGUGGAAUCGUGGUGCCAGCGCUGACGGAACAUGUAUCCCGACGGAUGCAUGAGGAGAGCCAGAUCAUGAAGGAGAAGCGUAAGCUGAUCGAAGCCAAAGGAGGAGGAAGGGACGGGGCAGUACAGUUUGUGUCGUCCUUGGAUGAGCUCAACCUUGUUCAGCGGGAUGCCAUGGUCCACAUCAUCCGUCGAGUGAGAUCUUUUGGCGGCCGACCUCUGAAUGCAAGCCGUGCAGGAGCCCUUCAGGCGCUCCGCAUCGCCUGCAGCCCUUAUGGGGGCGACAGUACAGGCGUGGGCGACGUGGUACCUAUGAGGCUGGGCAUCCUGUCAGUUCCAGAGGUGGGCGUAGAAGGCGUGGACAUUUCUGGGCUUUUGGAUGGGCGAGCCGGGGAGUUCCUUCGUAACCCGGAGGACCAGAUGUUGCAGGAUGCUGACAAUUGGGGCAUUCUGUGCGAAGAGAUGGCCAAGCUGCGCACAUACAACGAUCCGCAGCUAAAGCCGCCGCCAACCCUGGAUGCAGGCCGGGCGCUGUCGAUGCCGUACUGUGACAACACGCAUGUGCUGGCAACAGACCCGGAGGAGCGGUGGAGAUAUAAGAGGAGCCCGGUUGACGAAUGGUGCCCCCGAAAGAGAGCCCUGAAACUGGACCCCUUUUCUGACGUCUCUACCGCACGGUGCGACCCCAAGGCGCUAGAGCAGGCUGACCAAUUCACUAGGAAUGAAGAGUUUGAGGAGGUACCAUCAAGUAUGCUUUCAGUGGAGGGGUGGAAAGUUGCAAAGUCGGGCAAGUGGAUGCACACCAAGGAGCACAUUACCCUGAAAGAAGGUCGGACUGCAGUCUUGGCAAUAAGAAGUCGACGAGACCCUCGCAGAUUACUUCGACGUCCUGUACCUGGACGGGCAGGGGGUGAACGCCGGAGAGAAGACCUUAGCAGCGGUCGAGUUCUACUUCCAUGCGGUCAAGGGCAAAAUGAUGCGGAGCAGGAGGGCGCUGCGGGGGUGGAGGAAGGUGAGGCCACCGCGGAGCCGGUUGCCUUUGCCGCGGACAGUAGUGUUUGGCAUAGCGAUGCGGAUGAUUUUCCAAGGGCAUCGGGACAAGGCGCUCAUGAUCUUGCUCAGUUUCGAUGCCUAUCUGAGGCCAGGCGAGGCAGCGGAUUUGGUCGCUCGCAAUCUUGUUCCUCCGGUUCGGGGGACUGGCAAGCAGUACCAGCUUUAUACCCUGGUGGUCAGAGAGGAGGACGAGGGGGUGCCGGACAAGACGGGAAUUUUCAGCAGCUCAAUCCCGAUGGACAAUCCGAGCACGAAGAAUUGGUUGGGGCCGGCGAUUCAACGGUUAUGCAAGCACAAGAAGGCAAACGAACGUUUGUUCGACUUCAACCAGGACAGCUACCGAGCAGCUUUCAAAUCUGCAAGCAAUUGGCUGGGCUUGGGAGACUUGCACACCUACCAGCUGCGGCAUGGCGGAGCCUCCGAAGACUUGCUAGGCGGAGUCAGGGAGUACCAGGUAGUGAAGGAGAGGGGUCGCUGGCGGACAGACACAUCAGUGCGGAGAUACGCCAAGGUGGGGAAGAUUCAGGCGUUACUCAACAGACUCGCCCCGUGGGCCAUACAAUUCUGCAAGAGAGCGGAAGCGAAAAUGGAGGAGGUGAUCACGGGGAAGCUCGCAGCGUUCAGCGCAUAGAUCCUCUUUGGCAGGACUGGAAAUCCGCCCCGGCCGGGAGCACUCUUGAGAUCUUUGCAGGCUGUGGAAGGCUGACAAGAGCCAUCAGGAGGCGUUCUAUGCGAGCUUAUGCCAUUGACUUUCUCAUCAGUUCUGCUGACAAUGUGUUGGACCCGCAGGUCGAGGAUAGCAUUGUAUCUUUGUUGGUGCAAGGAAGGAUUCGAUUUGUUUGGUUGGGCAUGCCAUGUACUACUUUCAGUAUUGCAAGGCGUCACGACGGAAUAGGACCCCCCCCUCUACGAAGCGAUGCUUGUCCUAUGGGUUUGAGCAACCUAUGCAGACGGGAUCAGCAGAAACUCAAUGAGGGGAAUCAGCUGCUUUUCUUUACAGGACGUAUUUUGUGGUAUUGCUAUGCUUUGCGGAUUCCAUUUGUACUGGAAAACCCCUGGUCAUCCAGAUGCUGGCAGACUCCCAUAUUGCGUUCCUUUUUAGAUUUGCCGCACAUCACUCUUUUGGAAUUGCAUUUCUGCCAAUUCAAUGAGAAGUGGAAGAAGCCCACAGCUCUUAUGGUUUUCGGUCUGGACCUGGACCAUGUCGCAAAACAAUGUGCAGGGACAAAUCGAAUUUGCAGUGCCACGGGCAAGCCUCAUGUAGCACUAAAGGGCAUUGGCCCCGACAAACGCUUCAUGACGCUGAUUGCUCAGCCGUACCCUUUUCAGUUGGUUGAAGCAAUUGCCGAUGCCUUGCAGCAGCAACUUACUGGAGCGCAGAGCGGGUAG